UGUAGGCGCGAUGUACCCCACGCCUCUGUACUCUCACGUGGGGCGUGGGCCUUUCUCCGAGGUGUACGAGCCCGCUGAAGACUCUUUCCUUUUGAUUGACGCCCUGGAGCAGGAUGCUGAUAGGCUUCAGCAGAGCAGACCUGUUGUGUGUCUAGAGGUGGGCAGCGGCUCUGGUGUGAUCUCGGCAUUCCUGGGAAGUGUGAUCGGGCCUGAGGCAGUUUAUCUUUGCACAGAUGUGAAUGUGGCGGCAGCUCAGUGCACGCUGGAGACUUCUCGCUGUAAUCACCUCAGUCUUCAGCCAGUCGUCACAGAUUUGGUGGACUGUCUUUUGCCCAGACUGAGUGGAAAAGUUGACAUUCUUCUUUUCAACCCUCCAUAUGUAGUCACUCCAUCAGAAGAGGUAGGCAGUAAAGGUAUCGAGGCCUCCUGGGCUGGUGGUAAACGGGGCCGAGAGGUGAUGGACAGGUUUUUCCCCAUGGUUCCCCAACUACUGUCCAAUCAGGGACUAUUUUACCUUGUAACUGUGUCAGAUAAUGACCCAGAGGAGAUUCUUGCACUGCUUGGUGAACAGGGAUUGCAUGGGGAGGUAUGUCUAUCUCGUCAGGCUGGGAGAGAGAGACUGUCAAUCCUUCGCUUCAGCAAGUGUAAAACGUCACCUUGA